ACAGCCCGUCGGCUCCAGUCAAUGUCACAGUCAAACACCUGAAAGCCAACUCAGCCGUCGUGACUUGGGAUGUUCUGGAAGAUGAAGUUGUCAUUGGAUUUGCUAUUUCCCAACAGAAGAAGGACGUGCGGAUGCUGCGCUUCAUCCAGGAGGUGAACACCACCACCCGCUCCUGUGCCCUCUGGGACCUAGAGGAGGACACUGAGUACAUUGUGCAUGUCCAGUCCAUCAGCAUCCAAGGCCAGAGCCCUGCCAGUGAGCCAGUCCUCUUCAAGACCCCCAGGGAAGCUGAGAAACUAGCCUCUAAAAAUAAAGAUGAGGUGACGAUGAAGGAGAUGGCGAAGAAAAACCAACAGCUGCGAGCGGGGGAAAUUCUCAUCAUUGUUGUGGUGUUGUUUAUGUGGGCAGGGGUGAUCGCCCUGUUUUGCAGACAGUACGAUAUCAUCAAAGAUAACGAGCCAAAUAACAGCAAGGAGAAAGUCAAGAGCGCCUCGGAGAACAGCACUCCCGAGCACCAGAGCGGAGGGCUCCUCCGCAGCAAGUUUCCAAAAAACAAGCCCUCAGUGAACAUCAUCGAGGCGUGACAGCCUGCCAUCGGGUAGAUAGACUCCAUCCCUCACUCUCACUUUCUGCCUCUGAGCCUUGAUGACCAGGGAGGUGAAAUAUUGUUGGAGCAAUUUG